AAAGUUAUUUAACAUCCAUGGGUUACAUCUGAAUGUUUUUUUCCAAAAAAUAUAAUUAUGACAUGCACCUGCGGCACACCGACCUCGUCUUCUUUCACAGAUGCCAGAGCGGCGACAUACUGAUUUUGGAUUUUGAUGUAGAGCGAGAAUCAUCCAGGGGCGCGCACUGCGAGUUGACAGCGCGGCACAUCCCCGCCUUCAUCCGCCUCCGGCGAGGACAGCUUUUGGCCGAAGUGCCUUUUCAUACAGGGUCUGUAAACCCUGGAACGACCUGCCACCGUUUUUGAAAGACUGCGAUGCGUCAAGAUUUCCCUCCCUGUGCGAGCAGUACUUGUGGUGUAAUUUUUAAUGUAUUGUGAUGUGAUUAUUGACUUAUUAAUAUUUAAUGCGGCACGUGCCAACGUCGUUACAAUUUAUUGUUUUGGUCGGUUAUGCAGUUCUUGCUUGUCACUUUUUGCCAUUGUUCAUGUAACUUAAUUUAAUCUGUCCUAUGUAAUGGACAUGAAUAAAGAAACAGAUAUAUUGAACAAAAGAACUAGCUCUGGUAGGACCAACGCAGCCUCUCUCACUUUCGUGCAAUGAGAUAAUUUUGGUGAGUACGUGAUCAGCGACAUGCAUGAACACCAAAAAAUCAUUGCGCGAAUGAAAACAAGGUCAAGAAGUCAUCAGUGGUGCGCCGUGGCGGACUCUGGCUCAAGUCUCGGACUCUUCAUCCUCUUCACGCCGAGAGCAGACGAUCAAAGAACAACUAAUAUUGCAAAUUUAAAUAUUAAUUUUAGCCAAUGGCAGCUCAGUGUAAAAAUACGUGAAAUUCCACUAAAGGGAAUCUCUGCUUUUAAAAUUCUAAUUUAAUUAUUUAAAUUUUAUUAAAAAUAUAUCGGUCCUAUAAUUUACUCUCCAGAGUUAAACUUGUCGCUCCUCGGCCGCUGCGUAAAUACAAAGCUCUUUUUGGAUUGCCGUAUGAGUGUCAAGAGUAUGUUUUUACGAUCCAAAAGACACAAUUAGUACAAGUAAUGAAAAUUAUGUCACAAUAUUGGUGCAAACUUGCUUCUUAUCUCGCGACCGGUUUUUCGCGCCAUGCUCCACCCGACGCCAUAUCUGCGCGUUGCAUGAAUCUGGACCCCGCUGUUCUAGAGCAAAUCGAAGCCCUUAAAAAGAUUUAAUUUGGGAAAUUUGGCGUACCUGCUUUCACUGUUUCAGUUUAUCUGUGUCCAAGACGGGUUUAGGGUUGAAUCCUCGUUGCAGUUGUUCCUGCUGUUCCCUUCUCCAUCGCAGAAGAAAAAUUAUUGAUAUACGCUAAAAAUUCUCAAAAUUAUCUUUUUUUCUCGAUUUUAAUUACUAAAACACCACAAUCAAUUUUUUAGUCCUAAAAAGAGAUUUUCUGGAGUAUUAAAAUUCAACGGUAAAAAGACGCCCGUCAUAAUUUGAUACUUCAAAUCUCGGCGCCAGUGGCAUUAAUAUUUAUUCAGGUAAAACUUUUUAAUUAUUUGAAUAAUAAUUUAAUAAAUGAAAAUGCAGUAUUUAUUGCUAUAAAAGCACGAUUUCAGCAUAAACUGCUGGCAGUGAGAAGCACGUGAACUCGAGAUGAAAACAAGGUCACGACUGCCUCUGAUGCGAGUCUGGUUGGCUUGAUAUUGAACUUGACCUUUCCAUUCUCAAACAGCGGCAGAAUACAACACACAUCCAAAUAAAAUGUAAUUUGAACAAUUAACAUUGAGCCCAAAAUUAUAUUUUAAAUAAAAAAAUUAAUUAAGUUAGCACAUAUAAGAGAAAUUGAUUUGCGCAAAAAUAUUUCCCCCGUUGACUCGACACUUUGCGGCGAUAACGUCAUGACGCAAUUUGCAGAGGUCAGUUGCCAACUGGGGGUCAAAAAGUAUCGCUUUUAGUACUUGCACUUGAUAAUUUAAUCUUUCUCGGAGUGCCGUGGGCAACGGUCGCAGCAGCAGCCCUGGUCCAUCGCGUGCAGAGAAGAAAUCACGAGAUGAGGCGAGAAAUUCUCGUGCUCCUCAGCCUCGCGCUUUGCGCCGCACAAACGGCAAACAAUCAGAGUGACGUCCACAUUCCAGCUCCGAUAUUUGACGAUGGAGAAAACUUGAGCAGCCAAAACUGUGGAAUCUAUGCAACUGAGAACAAAUCCAACGUUUUUGUUCAUAACCAGCGCGCCGGAAGCAUUCGUGGUUCAUUGAUAGCUAUUUCUCAAACGACUGUUCUUACUGACGUUGGCCGCCCGUACAAAAAAAGUGAUGCGCCUGAUCUACGGGUCUAUCCGAUAUAUUGCUAUGGGACAUGGGGCACAGAAUUGGAGAAUUGCAUGAGAGACUCCGUCCAAGUAAUUUUAUAUCGCAUUUUCAGCAAAACUGUCACAUCCUCACUCUUUUUACAAUGUCUUUUUCAAUGGUUGAAGGUGCUGGAUGUAAUUGACAUUGCCAUAAAUCCGACAGCCACCGAAAAAUUCAAGAUUUUGAUUACUGAGAAAAUGUCGACUGAGGUCGUAACUCCCCUUUGUUUGUUUAACCGAAACAAUGUAAUGGACUUACAACUUCAAAGAGAAUCGCCCUACGUUCAGUGGAUGCCUUACAUUACUUCACCUAUCUCAGCAAUGGUGACGAGCCAAAGUAACUGUACCAGGGUUCUAGACAGUACUGAAUUGGGAAAUUUGAAAACUAUCAAAAUUCCCAUUCAGAAUAUCUUGUGUGUCGAGAAUGGCACUGAUCGAACUGAUUAUCUGAUCAAUUCCUUCAAAGGCCGGUAUUUCUUGAGAGGUGUAAAAUAUACACGAGGUGUUUACAUUGAUAUAUUGCCAUACAUUCACGAGAUUGCGAGGCACGCAAAAGACAUUUCUGUUCUACGCCCGAUCCCGCCAACAAAACAACCGAGGCGAUUCCCCGGGCCAGACAACCUCAGUUUCCAAAACUGGGGGAGGAAACCGACGGAACUAACAAGGAAACGAAGACAUUACGGCUAUUAUCCCAGAGAUGCCGAAUCAACUAGACUAAUUUUAGCCGGAAACACAGCCCAGGCUGGCAGGCAUCCGUGGCAUGCUUUUAUUGCGGAUACCAAAAGACGUGCAACUUUUGGCGGGUCAUUGAUUUCGCCGACAGUAGUUUUGACUGCUGCACAUUGUAUUUACGGAUCAAAGCCAAAUGACUUCAUAGUUGUUUUCGGGAUGUAUGAUAAAAGACAAAGAACUCCUGGUGUUCAGAUGAAAAAUGUUAUCAGUCUGAAGGUGCACCCGAAAUAUGACCCUAAGGAAUUUCACAUCGACGUCGGACUCAUGAUUUUGAAGAAAAAAAUUGAAAUAACCGCCCACGUCCGACCGAUUUACCUGUGGAACGAGGACUCUAACUUGGAUCGCGUGGCUGGAACUGAAGCUAUGGCGGUUGGAUUUGGGCUUGUCGACAACCACACGCGGACAAAUGAACUGCAAGAGGCUCGACUGCCGAUUAGAGGUCACAGAGAAUGCUACUUGUCAGAUACUAGAUAUUUUGGGAAAUAUUUGCGGCCGGGAGACAACUUUUGCGCCGGCUACACGAACGGAACAACCGUCUGCAACGGGGACAGCGGAGGCAGCCUUUCCGUCCAAAAAGACGGCCGUUGGUUCAUCAGGGGAAUUGUCAGCUUCACAAAAGCAAAAAAAGUGAUGUUUGAGGGCGAAGAAAGAUCGUUGUGUGACCCAAAUCACUAUUCCUUGUUCACUGACGUCGCAACUUACAAUGGCUGGAUAAGGAUGAACACGCCGGAAUUUUCAUUCUGAUAUUAAGUGGGUUUUUCAAAGCAAAAGAAAUUUAGCAAUGGAUUUAUAGUUAUUCAAUAGAAAAAUGUAGAUAGCAUAUUCUCUUAUCAAAAUUAAUUUUUACUAUGGGUUGUUCAGAAUAAAUUGUUUUAAAAGCUUAGA